AACCCCCAGGGAAUUUUACACACAGGCGAACGAAGGAGUCAGCAGGUUGAGUGUAGGUCGCGACCGUGCUUAUGACGGUAUGACGUCAGUGAACACGCAAUAUUAUGUUACAAAACUGCAAGGAGUAAAUUUUUCCACGUGUGUUCGAACUUGCCUCUUACAUUCACGUGACUGUGCUGCCCUUCUGUACAGUGAAACCCUGUUAUACUGCAGCCUCCUAAAGUGUCACCUCAACGAUAAACUGGUCAUCAACAACACAGAGGGAGACGAUUGGGAAUACUGGAGAAACAGCCAGGCUUGUGAAGAAGGUUGGACCCCGUUCGCCGGGCAUUGCUAUUUCUCCAACGAAACAAAAUCAACGUGGGACGAUGCUGAGAAUUUCUGCGAUCUUCAGGACUCGUACCUGAUUGAGAUGAAUUCCCCCGAGGAGAACACCUGGGUCACGGAAUCUUUCCUUCUACCAGAUCCCGGGGCUGAAGAAGAGUGCGAAAACUCUCGGCGUUGUAGUUGUUGGAUUGGCGCAUUGUACCACGCAUCUUCCGGCGGAUAUAUAUGGGAUCACAGCGGUAGUGAAAUGGUGAUACCAGAAUGGGAAGAGGGCAAACCUAACAACGCUACCGGAAAUCAGGAAUGUGCAAGUCUCGGGCCGUCUGGCCAAGCAAACGACAGAAAAUGCCUUCAGUUACUUAAAUUUGUUUGUGAGAAGGAUUAAGAAACAUGGAAACAAACAUUUCUUUUCCUUACAGUGGUAUCAUGCUACAGUCCAAAUUGCGGCUCAUUGGCGGUGAUUGCUAGCUUUACUUUGAUUUUAAUAUGUUAAGUUUUAAGUUUGAUUUUGAUUGAUCUUUCCUCAGCAGAGUCUUAAACUUUUAUCUUGCUUACUAGUGUUUUUCCUACGUACCUAGCCCCACUUGUGGUGUCUCCGGGGGGUCCAUAUUUGCCCUAAUCUCAGUUUGGUAUUUCUUAUGAGGUUGAUUACUGCUCGUUAUUGUCACUUUUUAAUCUUAUUGAAUUACAUGUAAAAAAAAAAAAAAAUAAA